AUGGAGGACUGGAGAAGGAUAGACAUUGAUGCUUUUGAUCCGGACAGUGGCCGGCUCAAUGCCGAAGAUUUGACGCCUCCAAACCUAAAGGUGGUUAGUGCUUCAGAAAUCGAACCGAGAAUCUCACAGCUGCGUUCUGCCGCAACUAGCGGCGACUUUGCUUCAGCUUUGCAACUGGUGACAAACGAUCCGCCUUACGGUGCAGACGAGACGACGAAAACACGGUAUUUCGAGGCAGUUUUGAGCGUUCUCACGCAGGUGCGUCAAGCGGAAAUUGCAAACUUAGUCAAACAGCUGUCACUUAAACAAGUAGAUGUGCUGAUAAAAUAUCUGUACAAAGGAAUGAGUGUACCUGAGGGCCAAAAACAAGGUGGAAUACUACUUUCGUGGUUCGAAAAAGUGACCCAAAAUUCAGGAGUCGCGCCAGUGGUGAGAUAUUUGUCUGAUAGAAGGACGGUUUGA